AUGUCAUUAAUUAGCAUAGCAGUAGGGCAUGGUGGAUUGGGUAUCCAUUCUGCCCUCACGCAGUAUGCUGUCGACCAUGUGGCGAGAUUGAAAAGUUGUGCCGCCACAUCUCCACAGUGUCAAGGCGGAGAUACCACAGCUAUAGCUUGUGCGCUGGAAAGAUUAUAUUUCAAGGGAGAUGACGGCGUUGAUAAAGGCAGCUUACACCCUCUUAGCAUAGUGAUGCCACUGGGUAUUGACCUGGAUACUUUCGAGAGCGCCAAUAGUUGUCGAAGAAUACGUAAUGCGUGGUCAGGUGCAGGCAGUAUCUCUGGGCAAGGCGGUUUUUCCGAGAGACCAGCAGGCUGGAGUUAUGCGGAUGACUCCGUAUUGAAUAUGCCCGGAGCCUCCCACGACAUAUGGUCGCGAGGAUCCUUCAAUGCCGCAUUGCAUAGGGCAGAGAUUUGUGAUAUCAUACGGAAAUAUGUAGAGGAAACCGACAUACUGAGUGGGUUCUUGUCGUUCGGCAGUUUAGGCGGUGGAUCGGGAUCAGGCAUAGGGUCCUAUUUGUCAAAAUUAUUCGCUGAUCAAUAUCCAAAAACACUUCACGUUCCUAUUGCUAUAGCGCCGUUUUCACAUGGAGAGAGUGGCUCCCAGUCUUUGAAUAUGACAUUAGCGCUCUCUUACUACCAGGAAUACUGCGAUGGGAUCAUUUUGCUGCAAAACGACCAACAACAGGAAAUGUGCGAGCAAUUGUUUGGCGGUGACAGUACGUCUUUCAACUCCUUCAACGAGGUAUGCGCCCUGAACCUCUUUCACGGGCUCAGACCGCCAUCCAGCACUUGUCCGAUAUCUGGAGGUAUAAGGUUCCACAGGCCUCUGCAUUACAUAACUGAUGGGCUUUGUAGUUAUCCAUCAUUGAAAAUAUUAAACCUACACCUAAUGCCACUGGAUCGGUUGGAUGGAUCAAAAAAUGGCUCCGAAAACGUCCAACAAAUGGUCAACCAACUCGCAGACACGCUAAAAGCUGAUCCAACACUGGGAUAUUGCUCGACAAACGAAAAAGUUUUAUUUUCUCCAAAGGAGUUUACUACUCAGGAAAAUUUAGGUCAUGCAACAAAAAGUAACAUUACAUCCAAAGAGCAAAUAGCAAUACAGGAUUUUUGUGGAUAUGAGAAAACGGCUAUCAAACAAACCGAAGCUAUGAAUCGUUUUAAAACUCUAAGCGGUGUUCCUGUAAAAAGCCCUGACUGUCAACAUAUCGAAGUCACGGAAAAGGGGAUCUCCUCGACUGCAACUUCGGGGGCAGAAGUAACUACAGCAUCCACCGUAUCUUUUAAAUUAAUCAAGACAAACGGCAAGAAGCGAACGAACGUGACCAAGUAUAAUAUUGUUGCGGGCAUUCAGCUGAAUAUUGGUGGCCCUCUACAAGAGAGCAUAAAUUUGGUAGACUUGUACCAAGAUGUUCUAUUUUGGAAAUACUCGACUCGACCUAUACAGGUAAUUGUUCGUUUUCAAAAAAUAAGAUUAUAUAGGCAUCAUAUUGCCCAAUUGAUGUUGGACCUUUCGGGAAUACGGUCUCACAGAUUUCCAAUAGUCAGGCAGUUCUGCCACUCUUGGAUUUUACUACGACAACCUCGAAAAUGCUGUAUGCCACAAAUGCCUAUAUACAUAAAUACACUGAAUACGGAUUGGAACGGGAUGAAAUCCAGCACUGUAUUAGCAAUGUCCAGGAAAUGA